AUCUUAUUGGGAUACGGAUCAUGGCUAUGAGAGCGAGAGAGAGGAGGAAGAGGAGGGGGAGAUUUGAAGGGCUUAUGUGAACAUCGAUCGGCGCCUUCUCCUCUUGGGCAUCUCUUGUUGCCACUCUUGCUACCUCGUCGGCUUUGCUUUACUUGGAUUUUCGUCUUGGUGGUUUACAGUUCGGAUUUGGUGAAGGGAUAGGGCGAUAGUCAAGGGAGGUAGAGGGUUUGAUGGUGGUCGCGAGGAUGGGGGGAGAGAGGGGUGAGGAGAAGGGAGAACAGCGGUGGAGAGGCCGUAAGGAAGGGGGUAGCGGCGGUGAUGGUGAUGCCGGAGGCCACCAGUUCUUGGACCGGAGCAGGGUAAGGAUACUGCUGUGCGAAAACGAUCCCAAGAGCUCGCGGGAGGUUCUUCAGCUCCUCCUCAAGUGCUCCUACCGAGUAACCUCCGUGAGGUCUGCCAGACAGGUGAUCGAUGUGCUUAAUGCCCAAGGACCAGAAAUUGAUAUCAUUCUUGCGGAGAUCGAGCUUCCAAUGACCAAAGGACUAAAGAUGCUUAAGUAUAUCAUGAGGAACAAGGAUUUGAGGCACAUUCCUAUCAUAAUAAUGUCUGCUCAAGAUGAGGUGUCAGUUGUCGUGAAGUGUUUGCGACUUGGGGCAGCUGAUUAUCUUAUGAAGCCAUUGCGAACAAAUGAGUUGUUGAACCUUUGGACCCACAUGUGGAGAAGAAGAUGCAUGCUUGGCCUGAUGGAGAAGGAUGUCUUGAGCCAUAAUUUUGAGAUACAAUUUUCAAAUCCUAGUGAUGCCAACACGAAUAGUACAACUCUUAUCUCAGAUGACACAGAUGAUAAACCCAGUACAGUUCCAAAUUCAAAAUCGAACAAGUCCAAUUAUCCAGAAUGCGAGUCCCAUGUCUCUCCUGCGGUGCAUGCUUGCAGUAAUCCUUUACAUGGUGUACAACAUAUUCCAAGGGAUUGCGAUCAUGCAGGGGGAGUAAUUUCACUACCAAAGAAGACUGAAUUAAAGGUCGGUGAAUCUUCUGCCUUUUUGACAUUUGUUAAAUCCAGUAUGGCAAGCAGAACUCCUCGUAUUGGUGUUGACAUGAAUUCUACACCAUCAAAACCCUCAAAUUUUGAAGAAAGCUCUAUUGCAGUCAGGCAUGUAGAGAGAUAUGCUACUGGAAAUGGCAUCAUAACCAGUGGGCACAUAACAACGCCAGAGUAUCCCACAUUAUGUCUAUCUUCCAUUGAGCAGCCACCAACGAGGAAUGAAGUCCAGCCAGAUGUUUCUGGAGUUCCACUUGUCUUCUCUUUACCAUUUUAUUAUCCAGGUGUGAUGGAUCAGAACAUUAUACCUACACCUGGACAUUUGUUUCAGUGUAGCUUAAAUGAUUUGCAAGAGCACUCUUCACCAGCCUUGCUACCUCACUUUGUUCCUCAUAUUCCUCUGAUGCCAUCAUUCCCAUAUCAGACAUUUGGCAUAAAUUUGCAAUCAAGUCACAUUGCUGCAACAGCUGUCUCUUCAUCAAUGACUAGCUCUCCUAUGCUUGAAGUUAAAUCUGGUCGAAUAGAAAAAAGGGCAGCGGCACUCAUCAAGUUCAGGCAGAAAAGAAAGGAUCGAUGUUUUGAUAAGAAAAUUAGGUAUAUAAACCGAAAACACCUUGCAGAGAAACGACCAAGAGUUCGAGGGCAGUUUGUGAAGCAAGUGACCAAUGUGGAUCUAAACCAAAAUGUGCUUGGUGGCAGUAAUGGUGAUCUCAAGGAUGAUGAAGAUGAUGAACCUACAUUGAAGGAACUAGAACUUAUUUCUUCUCCGGAACAGAAUGCUCCUGACUGUUAAAUCAAAGCUGGCAAUUACAUCAUAGACUGCUGAUGCUUAAAAUGCAGAUGGAAGAUGUAAUGGUCCCAGGAUUUUCCACACUCGGUAUUGGCAGUACUUCCCAUUCAGGCUGCAUAUUGUUAAUGAAUUGUGUUGUUGCUGCUAAUAUGUUCAAGAAUUUUUCACAAAAGAUAUGUUCAAGCUGCUAGAACUUUUCUUCUCUGGAGCAGAAUGCUCCUGACUGUUAAAUCAAAGCUGGCAAUUACAUCGUAGACUUCUGAUGCUUAAAAUGCAGAUGGAAGAUGUAAUGGUGCCGGGAUUUUCCACACUCGGUAUUGGCAAUACUUCCCAUUCAGGCUGCA